AAGCUGAAAGAGGGAACCUUGAGUACGGUGGAAAACAGCCAGUUAUAUGAGGAGGAUGGAGGCGGUACCUGAUUUGCAUAGGGCCCAGGGGAUUGGUUUGACCAGGUAUGUCAUUCAAGUAGCCCACGAAAAAACUAGCCUUCCUACCCUAGCCUUUUAAUAUGCAAAUGCAGGCGCCAUGAUGUUCUACACACAUGGGUGUAUGUAGGGGCGGCCAUGUUGCCAGGCACAUGUGGGUAAAAGAAGAAGAGGCGGGAGUCUCCAUGUUUGGGUGGACCCAGUUUCUAAUGGCCUGUAUUUGCAUAUCAAAGCUUGCCUGCCCAGCUCUAAGAGCCAGGGCUUUUCUGCUAGACAAGAAACAUUUAUGGAGCUGCUUUAAAAAAAAAAAAUCUUCCCAAGCACCCCUUUUCCUCUCUAUCUACCUAAAAUAAUUUCUUAAUAACUCCUAUAACAACAACAAACAUUAUGAGCCCAAUUAAUAGAUACAAUAACUGAGGCACAGAGAUGUUGAUUGCGUUGUCCACAGUCACGCAGCUUGUAGGUGGUGCUCGUGGGGUUAGAGCCAGGUCUGUCUGACCCAACAGUCUGCAUGUUUAUGCACUUGGCUAUAACACCUGAACAAAUGCAUGUUCAGGUGUGCCCAGCAUGACCCAUCUGACAUCUGAGUUGGGUGUUCACUGUGGUAUAGAACAGCUCUGAAAUUGACUCCCAGAGUGUUAUACCCCUUGGACCCAAGGCCUGCUAGGCCAGAUGCCCCCCACCCCACCCCUUCUGCAGACGUAUCUCCCCCUACCCUAAAGACCCGGCACAGUCCCCUCCCUCCUCUUUUUUACAUAGUGACGAUGCUCAAGCCCUGUGGUGCAGCCUUGCCAAAAAAUGACACCUCUUUCGUUGAAUAAUUAAAAGCAGGAACUACCCACUCUAUAAAAGGAAGUGAAUGAGUAAGAAAGUCAAAGGCGGUCUAGAUACACAGAAGGUGCAAGCCAGAGCUCAGGCAGAACUUCCAGAGUGCAUCUGGGAUCUGCAUUUGCCACUGGUUGCAGAUCAGGCGGACGAGGAGCCGGGAAGGCAGAGCCAUGUGGCUGCCCCCCGCUCUGCUCCUUCUCAGCCUCUCAGGCUGUUUCUCCAUCCAAGGCCCAGAGUCCGUGAGAGCCCCAGAGCAGGGGUCCCUGACGGUUCAGUGCCACUAUAAGCAAGGAUGGGAGACCUACAUUAAGUGGUGGUGCCGAGGGGCGCGCUGGGAUACAUGCAAGAUCCUCAUUGAAACCAGAGGGUCGGAGCAAGGAGAGAAGAGUGACCGUGUGUCCAUCAAGGACAAUCAGAAAGACCGCACGUUCACUGUGACCAUGGAGGGGCUCAGGCGAGAUGACGCAGACGUUUACUGGUGUGGGAUUGAAAGAAGAGGACCUGACCUUGGGACUCGAGUGAAAGUGAUCGUUGACCCAGAGGGAGCGGCUUCCACAACAGCAAGCUCACCUACCAACAGCAAUAUGGCAGUGUUCAUCGGCUCCCACAAGAGGAACCACUACAUGCUCCUGGUAUUUGUGAAGGUGCCCAUCUUGCUCAUCUUGGUCACUGCCAUCCUCUGGUUGAAGGGGUCUCAGAGGGUCCCUGAGGAGCCAGGGGAAUAGCCAAUCUACAUGAACUUCUCCAAACUUCUGACUAAAGACAUGGCCACUUAGAGAGACAGAUCUGCAGAGCCUUCCUGCCCUGGCCACGUUUCCAGAAGAGACUCGGGCUGUGGAAGGAACAUCUACGAGUCCUCGGGAUGCAGUGACUGAGAUAGGGGCCCUGGGCCUCCGCCCUGGCCUUGGAGCUGGUGGGCACCUCCCUGUUCUGCACAGCUCAGGGACUUAGCCGGGUCCUCUCCUGAGCCACCAUCACCUCCUGGGGUGCCAGCACCUGUUCUCUUGGUCAGGAGCUGUAGAGAUGGAGCUCAAGCACUGGACGACUCUGUCCCCACUGCUGGAAUAACUCGGGCACAGAGCAUGGGACCAAAGUACAGAAAGAGGUUGGGGGAGACCCCCCCAGCCCUAGACUUCCAUCAUUCCGGAGACCAACUCAACACCGUCUUUGCCUGAGAACCUGAUAUAUCCGUGUUUAAAAAUUUUUUUUUUUCUAGCAAAGUUGGGUUUUAAUGACUUAUGUUCAUAGGAAACCUCUCUGAUCCCACACACAAGGAGGGUGAUUCUGGGAUGAGUUCCUGGUUCUAGGGCAUGAGGGGCUGGAUGGACCCUGUCCCCAGGGAGGACAUGGCUCUGAGUCCACAGGGCUGAGGAGGCAAUGGGAACCUCCCUGGCCCGGCCCGGUGCUUGGCUUCCCCCUCCCACCUCUUCCUCCUCCUAGCUCCCCAAGCUCCCUGCCUAUUCCCCCACCUCCGAGGGGCUGCAGCUUGGGAGCCUCCUCAGCAUGACAGCUUGGGUCUCCUCCCCAAAAGAGCCUGUCAGGCCUCAAGAACCACCUCCAGGUGGGGAGGGCAGUAACGAAAACCAUCGCAGGAAAUGGCACCCUCCCUUUUCGGUGAUGUUGAAAUCAUGUUACUAAUGAAAACUGUCCUAGGGAAGUGGUUCUGUCUCCUCACAGGCUUCGCCCACGGCGAUGAGGCCCUUGAAUGUGGUCACUUUGUGCUGUAUGGUUGAGGGACCCUCACACCAAAGGGACCUUCCCAUGUGAGACGUGCUCCCGCCCCCACUUGCCCACAAGCAAACACACCACACAUGUUCAGCAUGUUGCCCUUUGAACACCCAUGAGGACGCCUCCAACCUGCUCUUGGUUCUAAUAGGGAGUACUGACUGUCAGCAGUGGAUAAAGGAGAGGGGACCCUCUGGUCCCUAGCAUGGCACCCAGAGCCUCCCCUCUUCUUGUCCUUCAGCCAAAGAGAAACUUUCUCUGACUUUGAACUGAAUUUAGGUCUCUGGCCAAUGAUGGGCCUGAAAAUUCCAUAAUGGCCAGAGAGGAGAGUUCGAGCCCGGCUAAGAUCCCCUGAGUCAUUCUGUGAGGGACCAAGACCCACAGUCCACCAGCCCCAGGGCCCUGCCUCCUGGAAUGCUUUCCUGGAUCCAGCUUCCCAAAGAUCCGACCAGACCCAGGGAGGAUGGCACCGCUCCGCGGGAGGGAAAGCCAAAGCAUGGUGCUUUGCCAGCUGGACUCAGGGGCGAGGGGACAUUGGCGCUUGUCAACGUGAUGUCAUUCUUUUCCCACCGUUUCUUCCUGUUGAUAUUCAAUGAAUCCCUCAAUCUCUCU